AUGGAAAGCAGCAGUGAUGCACCCGCGUGGUUAGAGCGCAUUCCUCAUCACUCUCUCCGUAUUGCGUCGGUCAACCUAAAGCGUUCUCGCCAUCGAUUAGAAGCGCUUCUGCGGUACAUGAAUGAACAGGAUGAAUCUUGGGAUGUCGUUGCUAUUCAAGACCUUCCCAUCGAGUUUGCCUUCACGCCGAGCCCUGGCUAUGAUUUAUUCUACUGGUCAAAUCGUGAACUAGAAGAGAACGACAAGCCACCACCACCAUGGGACUCCCAAAAGAAGCCCGAUACGACCCAGGUUCAGGAGCCUAAGCCCGCGCGUAUUAGCUCGGUGGGAUUCUAUAUUGCGCAGUAUAUUUCAUCCUUAAACUGGGCCGUAACCAGGCCACCACCCGAUGAUGCCAACACGGAGCUGGUCGCAACGCUUCAUCUUACCACCCAAGAUGCGAUACUCGAUAUCCACAACAUCUAUAACCGGGACAACAAGCUUGACUUGGACGAACUGUUCAUCUACGCUGCGGGGUCCGAGCAUGUGAUUUUCGUGGGCGAUUUCAACAUUGAGCAUCCCGAAUCGAACAAAAAAAGUCAAAAGUCGAAGUCUUUGGGACAGAUGAUGAAAGGCGCAAAGAUGACGUGUUUGACACCUAGUGAUAAGAUCACUUACUCUCGCUCCCACCCAAGGGACGACGGUCUCUACUCUUCAACCAUCGAUCUCAUCUUCGUCAGCAAGCCCCUUCUUGAUCGUGCCCCUGGUAGAGAAGGAGCCUGCCGGGUAUUGAAUGUCAGAGGAUUUGAGACUGAUCAUCGCGUCACCGAAACGACCAUCAGCAUCAAGCCCGUUGAGGCGGUUGGCGUCCAGUACCUUUGGAAACAAGUCAAUCAUGACAAGUUUAGAGAAGCUAUGCGAAAAGCAUUCGAAAUUCUAGGAUUCCCGCCCCUCGGGUUUAGGACGGAAGUCGACGCGUACACAGCAGCGGUGUUGAACGCCAUGGGAUCAGUUAUCGAAAGCCAAGCACGGAUCAGGCGACAGAACUCCCGCCGCCAGCACCAAGCUCCGCGGUCCCCUGAACUUGAGGAGCUGAUGGAGAAAGAAGCUCAACUCUUUCGAGAGUAUGAUCAAAACGGAAGUCAACAGACCCUCACGGCUUGGGAAACCCAACGGAUGAGCACGCAGCAGUACCGCCAAACAAUGACAGACAACGCGGCCAAGACGAAAAACACGGUCCACAAAGAUUUCCGCCAGUCCGCGCAACGGAGCCAGCCCCGCAAGCCACCCAUAAUACCCACUCUCGAAGUCGACGGUCGUCGAAUUACGAAACCUAAGGAACAGGCAGACUGUCUCGUGAACAGCAUUUGGCCCGAUGUCCAUCCUAUUAAAAAGGGGCAACAUCGAACACGGCGAGGGAUACCCAAGCCAGUUCGACUGUCACCUAGUCUUGAACUGCAGUGCUUCCAACGCCUACGGGAUGGAGAGCUCCGAGACAUCAUCAAGGGUCUCAAUACUGGCCGAUCCUCUCUCCCAGAUGGCAUAGGCAAUGAGGCUAUGAUCAUAUGUAUAGAAGAGUGUCUCCCGUACUUGGAGCAUCUGUUCAAUGCCUGCUUGGCCCUGAAAUAUCACCCAGUGCGUUUCAAGCACGCAAUUACCAUCAUGCUACGCAAGCCCUCCAAGUCGAGUUAUACCUCACCAAAGAGUUGGCGACCAGUGGCGUUACUGUCAUGCGUGGGCAAGGUACUUGAAAAAAUCAUUGCGAAUAAAAUACGAGAUUUGGCAAUAGAGCACAACUUGGUGCCAAAAUAUCAAUAUGCGGCCCCGGGCCGAAGCACGACACACGCUCUCCAGUUUCUUGUCAAUAUCGUCUACCGCGGCUGGUCCUUCCCCCAGAUAUCUAGCCUGCCGCGAUUUGUGCGGCGUAGGCUCGUUAGCCUCCUGGGCUUUGAUAUCACCGGGGCAUACGACCGGAUUCCUUGGGAACGGCUUCUCGAAGCGCUGUUGAGGAAGAGAAUGCCCUACUGGAUUGUGGAAUUUUGUUGGUCCUUUCUCUCGGGCCGCACUACCAAUCUACGGUUCCCCGGUCAUGAGUCGGAGUGCUAUGAGAUCAAUGUCGGCAUCCCACAGGGGAGCCCGCUUUCUCCCAUCCUCUUUCUCUUGUUUAUCGCUGGGCUCCUCGAGUCAAAUGAGGGGCUUGCAAAUCCCUUCGGCCCUGGCGUGGAGUUCUACAUCUUUGGGUACGCCGACGAUCACUAUAUCGUCGCCAUUUCCCCCGACUACGAGACCAAUUGCGACGUGUUUCGGGUCGUGACUGAUGUGAUUAUGGGAUGGGCGAGAGAGAACGACGUCAUCUUCAACCCAGCCAAGUAUAUUGUCAUGCAUUUUCGGGGGCGGCGCAUCCGUGAUGAUCGUGCCUUCGAGCGGAUACUCUGGGCAGAGGAUGAGAAAGACCGCAAAGCAUAUGGCUCAGAUCUUAAGAAAGACACGUCACGGAUGUUGCUCAGCCCCGUGUCCCAAGCAUUGCCUGCUAUAGAGGGAGUAACAUUGGAAGCUCUCGUCACGCAGACGAGGAUCCUCGGUGUAAUCGUCGACGACGAGCUCAACUGGGGCCCUCAUAUCAACACGCUGAAGACCAAGGUAUACGCCAAAGUUGGCUAUAUGAAGCGUAUCAGCGGGCCAACGUGGGGUAAGACAUUAUGGCAGAUGAGGCAGCUCUAUUUGACCUCAAUACGCCCCAUCAUCUCCUACGGCUGCGGUGCAUGGUUCUCUCCGCCGGGCGAGAACCGGAUCAAGUGGCGGCUGACCAAGCAUCGAAUGGCUCAGCUUGAGACCUUGCAAUACCGCUGCCUAUUGGCCGUUUCGGGAGCCAUGAACGGAACUUCGCGUGAAACGUUGCUUACUGAGUUGGGUAUACCCAGUCUAGAAGUCUACCUCGGCCAACAGGCCAAGAUGUACCGAACGCGAAUGCUCGAUACUCCCGAGUAUAAAGAGCUCGAGCGGAUUCGCAUGAGAUUCCCUCUUGGGAAGGUAAAGGCUGCAUACAACAGGCAUCCCUUCCAUCUCCUAUUCUGUGAGGCCAAUGCCUUAAGGGGAUUGGCAGAGGAGAACGAACUCACAAAAUUAAAGGCCGAAUUUAUAAAAUCGCAAGCCAAAUCCACAAGAUCGAAAGCCAAGCCAGAGGUCUUCUCUCCUAGCCAAAAACAGCUCCGGCAAGCGAUCAAACGCUUCAUCUCGAAGAACGCGGAUGCCAGGUCCAGGACAGAGUGGAAAGCCUACAUUGACGCGCACAAAAACGGCCUUCGUACCUACAUGGACGGCUGGGUUGAUCACCCAGGCUUCCAGUUAGUCAACCCGAAGUGGCAUCACAACAACUUCAAGUUGUACAAAGACCUUCGGCGUGCCGAGAGCACGAUGCUUCUGCAUUGCCGCACCGGCUGCAUCCAACUCCGCCAUUAUUUGCACUCCAAACGCGACAUCACCAACCAUGACGUCCCUAAUUCGCAGUGUCCCUGCGGUACGGGCAAGCACACUGCGCUCCAUUUAUUCCUGGAGUGCCCAAACUUGCACGAUGCACGGCAACGCCUGACGGCCGACUUGGGCCAGCAUGAUCUUUCAGAGACCCUUGGGAUAUUGCUGGGGAAACCAAAGGAAGCUGGAAUCCUCGCGCGGUGGGCGAUUCAGAAUUUCGGGAUUGAGCAAUUCAAGUGCGUGCCCCCGCCAAACAAGAAGGGCAAUACGAACUACAAACGGAAGCACCACAACGCGCACCACAACGCGCACCACAAGGAGGAGCACAGACGCAAGAAACUAAAGACAUACCCUCAGUGA